UAGGACAGCGGCAGAGCUUUCCGUCCCAACUGCGUGGCUGUCCGGCUGUGUGUGUGCACCUAUAGCCCCCGCUCCCUGGCUGUCAUAUACACACACACACACACUCACUCACUCUCACACACACACACGCACACACACACACACGCAGAGCCGAUCAGUGCAGGCAGCGCACAGCCUGGUAAUUGUAUUGCUCCCUCCAAGCGGAAGGAAGAGAGACACACAGAAAGAGAGAGAGAGAGAGAGAGAGAGGAAGACCGGAGAAAGAAGAGGAGGAGAGAUAUAAAAACUUUGAUUUUUUUGAAUUUUCUUCUUCUGCUUUCUUUUCCUGGACGAGGUUGACUUGACAAUGACCCGGUAUCGCCGAUGGAGUCGGUAGGACACCCGUUAUCCGAGUGUUUUUUAAUGCACUCUGAGCAAGAGUAGAAUGAACUUAUCGAAGGGGCCAUUGGUGAACAGCAGCAGUGACGAUAACGCCAAGUCGACCUAUAAUAAAUGCGGCGCUGGCGCCUGGAGGAUGCACCAGAGCUACGAUCCACUAGAGGCCAACCACAUGAGAGACGCACAUGCCCUCUACAACCCCAGGCUUCUCUGCAGAAUGUCCAGUAAGGAGCGCCACCUUGAGUCCAACUGUCCGUCCUCUUAUAUAAAGACUGAGCCGUCUAGUCCUGCCUCCCUGGCUGACAGCCUAAACCAUCACUCCCCUGGUGGCUCCAGCGACGCCUCAGGCUCCUAUUCGUCCACGAUGAACGGCCACCCCAACGGCUUGGACUCCCCAAGCCUCUACGGCUCCAACGCAGGGCCCCUGGGCCCCGCUGGCGGCCCCGGAUCAAAGCGCUACGAGGACUGUUCGUCAACUAUUGGAGAAGAUUCACAGAUAAAGUGCGAGUACAUGUUGAAUUCGAUGCCCAAGAGGCUGUGUCUGGUGUGCGGGGACAUUGCAUCAGGGUACCACUACGGAGUGGCGUCCUGUGAGGCCUGCAAGGCCUUCUUCAAGCGCACCAUCCAAGGCAACAUAGAGUACAGCUGUCCAGCCACCAACGAGUGCGAGAUCACCAAGAGGAGACGCAAGUCGUGCCAGGCCUGCCGCUUCAUGAAGUGUCUGACUGUGGGCAUGCUGAGGGAGGGUAAGGGAAAAGGUGUCCGUCUGGACAGGGUGCGCGGCGGGAGACAGAAGUACAAACGCCGGAUAGAUGCCGACAACAGUCCAUACCUGAACCCCCAGCUGGCUCUGCCCCCCAAGAAGCCAUUUGCCUUUGGCUGCCUUGCAGAUAACAAAAUCGUCUCUCAUCUGCUGGUGGCCGAGCCAGAGAAGAUUUACGCCAUGCCUGACCCAACAGUACCAGACAGCGACAUCAAGGCCUUGACCACGCUGUGUGACCUGGCCGACAGAGAGCUGGUGGUCAACAUCGGCUGGGCCAAACACAUCCCCGGGUUCUCUACGCUUUCUUUGGCAGACCAAAUGAGUCUACUGCAGAGUGCAUGGAUGGAGAUCUUGAUCCUACGGGUUGUGUACCGCUCCCUGUCCUUUGAAGACAAGUUGGUGUACGCUGAGGACUACAUAAUGGACGAGGACCAGUCGAAGCUCGCCGGGCUUCUGGACCUGAACAAUGCCAUCCUUCAGCUGGUCAAGAAAUACAAGACCAUGAAGCUGGAGAAGGAGGAAUUUGUCGCUCUCAAGGCCAUUGCUUUGGCUAACUCAGACUCCAUGCAUAUUGAAGAUGUGGAUGCAGUGCAGAAGCUCCAAGAUGUGCUCCAUGAGGCCCUGCAGGACUACGAGGCCUCCCAGCACCAGGAGGACCCCCGCCGGGCCGGCAAGCUGCUCAUGACCCUCCCCCUCCUCCGCCAGACCUCCACCAAAGCUGUGCAACACUUCUACAGCAUCAAGCAGGACGGCAAAGUCCCGAUGCACAAACUGUUCCUGGAGCUGCUGGAGGCCAAGGUCUGAGGACGGGAGAACAGAUCCACGGACAGCUAGACGCCGGUCCGAGUCUCACUUUGAAUGACCUCUUGCUCUUUUACACACAGACACUCUCACGCAAACACACACGCACACACACACACCGAAAUUCCUGAAGUACUUCUGCUGACAGCCUCCCCUUUGAAUAAACAAGAAGUCCGAACCUCGUACCUGAACCCCGGAACCUCCAGCGACGUUCACAAAGGGUGCUCUCUCACCCUUUAGUUCUGGGGAAACGUGCUGACACACUGAAAUGACCCCGAAAUGACCAAGGGAAGAAGACAUUUCCUUUAAAACUAUUGAAAACCACUCAAUAGUUACCACAGUGUCUCCGAACAUUGAAGACGGCAAAACUUGUAUGCAUUUAAUAACAACUAAAAUGUUGUUAAAAGACAUGCGCUUGAAUGAGGACAUUUAAAAGAAACUAAAAACUUCAUUUUAGUUCUACGAGACUUUACGACUGCACUUGUGUCUCCUUUCCCCGCCCCAUUUCAAGAUGUUUUGUAAGUGUUCACGAAGGAAUCGAGUGGAGAGAAAAAGGAACACUAAAGAACUGUUCAUUACGUGUGUUGGUAAAUUACGUGUACAAUGAGAUUUGGAUGGAUGGACAGGAAAAAAAAAGAAGAGGAGAUUUGCCCUGCCAAAGAAUGGAGCUCAUCCAUUCAAAGGAUGCCAGCAAACUUUAAACGUCACAUCCCAAAAACUGUCUCUGGUCUACCGGUGGCUUUCAAUGCUGGGCCUCAAGACUGCUGCUGGUUUUCUCCUCCACCAGUGAUUCAAAAUGUGUGUGAUUAUUAUGAAAACCAGCAGGGCCGGGACCAGGGUUAGAAACCACUGCUGUAAACAUGCUUUUUUUUGUUUUUCCCAAAAUUCAAUUCCUGGUUUCCCAUGACUCCGUUACUUCAACCCAACUUCACUAUUUGUUGUAUUUACUGAAGGCCAUGGCCUCCCAAAAUACUGUCAGUACACCCAUAGAAUUGGUGUGGCUGAAAAUGUAUUCAAAUAUCCAAACCUCUUGAAGUUUGAUUAACUGACAAGAGUUCACGGUGUCGAUAUUUUACCAAACAACCAAUCGAUGAUUGAUUCCUGUUUGUCCCGCUGGUAGAUGAAGGCUCCGUCCACAUUCUCUGUAUUUCUUUUAUUAAGAAUGGUCCAGCCCGUGCUCAUUGCCCAAACCAAACCCCAAACACUGCAAAGCGUCACUCCGGCACAGCCCUCCGUGCUUUGUUGCAUUCACAGCGUCCAGCGCAUCUCUGGAGAGUUAUUUUUGGGAUUCAUUCGGGGAGCGAAAGUGUCGCUUCAGUCGCUCAACGCAAUACGAACCGCAAGGAAAGGUGUCCUGACAAAACUGAUUGAACAACAACUCCUUAUUUCUCCUUAUCUUCUUUCUUUUCUUUCUCAAUUUAUAUAUUGAAAAUAAUCUUAGCAAUGAAAGCAGUAUUAGGGUUGUAAAUAACUGUCAUCCUGUAUAUGACAUAUAACACGGCUUUGUUUUCGUUAUUAAUCUUGUCUUCUUAAAACCGAAUCAAUCGAUAUGUCGUUCCUUUUUUCUAUCAGCUUGACCACUUUCAGCAAUUAUCAUAUAUAUAUAUAUAAAUACAUAAAUAUAACAAGUAAUAAUGUAUUAACAAAUCAGCGUUUAUCUUAGAAAACUCUGAGCCAUAGUGGUUUUAAAGGGAGGGUUUGUGCAUAUGGACUAAGUCUGCAUAUUAACAUAACGUGCCAGUCUUAAAUUUGGAAGAGAAAAGGGGAUUUGAGGAGAGUUUGUAUCUUCUCUUUUUCUCUGUAACUUGCCAUAAGCUAUUAGAUAACAUUCAAUAUUUCAUUUGUGAGGGAAAGUAAGAAGGGAACAAGUAUGGACCAGAUAUGUGACGAUGGAAUGUUAAUCUGUCAAAAUCAAUGAACCACCACAAUGGCUGCUUCGUGUUAGCUCGCUAUUCCACUUCCUGUUGUCAGAGACUUUAUUUGAACAUUUUAAAAUACGUGCUCAUAUGUUUUUAUGGUGGAAACCAUCCAUCCUAAGUAAAAUUGAUCAAAUUGAUCAAAUUGAUGAUAGGUAGUCUUAUGAGUUAAUUGUAAAGCGGUUUUUGCUCUUAUUCAUAUAUAUAUAUAUAUGCUUAUCAUUCGUCCACUAAAUCCUAACAUUGACAACAUUUUAAGUGGACAGGCAGAAUUCUCAUCAAUAGCAUUUUUGCAUUUGAUGUGAAUUUGAUUGCCUAAAUUAAUUAAACCUGUUACCGCACAGACGUCCUUAAAGUAAAAGUCAAUACUUACCCAUUCAAUUUAAGUGAAGUGUUUAGCUGCGAGAAAUAGAAGCUGCGCUUACCGGACAAUUUUUCAGUCGAAUGAAGAAACAUUGAUUUCAUCAUUAUAGUGAGACCGUACGGCUGACGGAUCACAGCUUUAACAGGCAGACAGUUGAGGGAUCUUUUUACAUCAUUGUUUGCCAUUUCAGAAGCCGAAUAAGAAUGCCAAAAUGUAUAUUGUAGAUGACGGUUUAAUUUAAUCUAAAAUGGCAACCUGUCACAGCAGAAGAGUGCAGCAAUUUAGGUAUAGUUGAUCUUUAACAUCAUGCUCUGUAUCAAAUAUCAGUAAGGGGUAUUUUCUCAGCGUUCUUAAACAUUGUAUAUUGUAAAUUAUACAGAUUAUAAUUCUAAAAUAAGACAUUUUUUUGAAAACAAAAUAAGAAGAAAAAAAAUGUAGUUCAGCCUCGAUGUGUGUUUCAUGUUCGCUGUUUUUUCUAUCAAGAAAAAACCCAGUUUCUUUAUUUUUAUGUUUUUUUUGUUUCAGUCUUUCUGUUUGUUCCUCUCCUCCUCUUGGAAGCCCUCUAAGGCGUUGCGGUGUACUCUUUCUUGUGGUGAUUUCCGUUCUUGUGCUGUGUGCUUCUUCUUUAAACAACAGAGUAAACUGGAGGCCACGUUGUCUGUCUUGCGAAUCCGUCCACUGGGGCUCUGGGCUCCGGAUUCCCUCUCAACCAAUCCAACUGGGUUCAAGGCUCUUCUUCUAGAAAUUAGACCACCAAGAUCAAAUUACAGUAUUCCUCUUUACCAAACUAUACAUAAAUAAUGAAAUAUUUAGUACCUAAACGAUGAAACAACAUACGAGUAUUAAAAAAGGGAUCAUUUGUGUACAUUUCCUGUAGAAUUAACAAUAUACUGUAUAUCUUUAGGCUAAAAUAACGAUGAAAUGAAAAGGACAUUUGAGUAAUUCAGAACUGUAGGUGACUCUUUUUUGAUAACUUGCUGUACAUAACUGCCUUCCAUUCAGCUCGACUCAAUCAUCCACUGUUUCAAGAGAAAAUAUGAAGAUGAAAGACUUCUUUCCCCGUAGUUGUGUCCCGUUUUAAGAUUGUUUACAGGAAGAUACCUUGUUUUACAACAAAGAGUUGAAAAGUGAUCGGACGGUUGAAAUUUAGGACUGCCAUUUUUUUUUUCGUGGGUUGACGGGAAUUGUUAAAGAAAAGCUCAACGUGUUUAGUUUGCAUUUGCUGUUUCUCUGCUCGAUGCACAACACAAUAUUGUGCGACCUGGUUUGGCCCCAGAAUUAAGAACUCAAGAUUUAAACUCAAAGUCUCCUUUAAUGAACAUGUUACUCUAAUCCUUUUGCCUCUUUAUACACACAUUUAUAAAGUGUGCGCUAAUAGCAUUAAUUCUUGCUUGAACUCAUCAAAGGUGUUAAACAUUAACAUAUAAUCUGAGAAAAACAUACACACAAACAAUUUAACAGGUGCAUAUAAAUAUAUUUAGGCAAAAUCCCUGAUGACAGGUGAAUUUCCUGUUUUGAUUGUAACUGCAAACACCUUCUCUUCAGACAGAUGGUAUUUCUUAUCAUCCACUGUACAUCAUUUGAAAAAACGAUUUAUGGAAGAAAGGUGCUCUUUUCUUACCAUUGUUUCUCUUCUUAAUUUAUUUGUCGAUUGUCAAAACAAUGCCGUGUACUUCUGGACGAUUCAAGGCGAUGAAAGAUGUUACACGUCUCCCCGAGGCUGUAAUGGCUGGAAUUGAUUUUAACAUGAAAAAAGUUACAUUUCUAAGCUUACAAAUACUGAUAUGAAGUUAUAUGUUUCGUGACAGGAAAUGGUUCACCCAGUGCCACUUUGUUAUAAAAAUAAUAAAUCUACCAGCUAAAAUCAGGAGGGAGACUUUGUGAUUCUUUCAGAGGUUUUGUUGAAAUUGCUGCUCAUAGCCAAGAUAUUAUUUAAAUGUAUUAGACAAAACAGUUUUUUCUUUUUCUUUUUUUUGUUUAAAAAAGCAAUAUUUUGUGCAAUGACGAGACGUAAGCUGCACUUGUUUGUGUUUGUAUUUUACUUGUAAAUGCUGUUGAAGCUGUUAAACUUAUUCUGUGGUUUAAGCUUAAACCAUAUAAAUGACGACAAACCAAACUAGUAUUUUCUAAGACAAGUGUUGGACGAAGAACUGUCUGGGACAUCGAUAGAGAAAGUUUGACCUGGUUGCACUUUGGACACCGUGUUAUCGCCCAGAACUCACAUCCUAUUAGUUGCAAAUACUCUAUGAAACAAUAGAUUAGCUGUAGCAGAAGGAUGAAGUUGUUAAGGCUGCCCCUGAAACGUGUCUAUCUACAACUCGACAGCGUUUAGUCAUUUAGCUGUAUUUAAUCCCCAAAUGUAACUGCUGCAGCUGACCCCCUCAGACUGAAUUUGCAAAUGAGAAGAAAAUAUUUUACGGGGGGGGGGGGGAGCACGAUGACAAAUUUGGAUUCAUAAGAUAUUCGGCGCUCGAGACGUCCCUGGCGCGGUGGAGAAGAGCUGUGUAUGAGAGAAGACCCUGUAGUGUUAUUAAAAACAUGUCUGUAGAUUUUAGAUGUGCUUCACAUCAGUAAAUGGAAAAAAAAAGAAAAAAAGAAACAAUAACCUGUAUAUUUUUGUGACGUGUAUCAUACAAGUGUGCUCCAACAAUAAUGUCCAUUUGUGUAAAUGUAUUUAUUUCACAUUGUAUAUAAUGUUCAAUGCAAAAAGAGAGACCUAUGAUUCUGUAACUUAAACUACUAUGGGUUGAAACAGUACAUGUGUUACUCAAGACUAUGCCUUUCAGGAUUAUUACAGUAGAGCAAUAUCAAUUAAAACCAGGCUUCCAGUUUUGA